GCACCGGCCAGCUGUCAGUUAAUACUGUCACUGUCACGCCUAGUAACCUACAUAAUGAAAGAAAUAAAUAAAUUCGAUUCGAACGAACAGCAGAACACAAGAAAGUCGUUUUAUUUCCAGCAUGUGUGGUGUAAACGUCCCAUACGUACGUCAACGUAUUUAAUAUUAUUUAGGUACCUGUUAUUGUAAUCGAUAAAAAGCCGUAUAAAUGGGAAGAACAAAGCGAAAAUGUCGUAAAAUUGAAAGUAAUUGUGGCAUCAAAGGCCAAAAGAAACCUAAAGUCGCCAAAACCAGUUCUCAGCACAUCUUCCCGACAAAGAAACCUGGUGCUUCAGUCAGGGAAUCAGGCCAACAUGAUGUUGCUAAACUCUUGAAUGAAAUUGUUCCUGAUGAGGAGAGCCUCACAAUUAAAAUAGAAUAUGAUCCAGAUUUCCCAAUUACCCCAGAUUGUUUAAAUCUUUCACAAAUUGAACAAAUGAAGGCUGAAUCAAAUGAAGAUAAACCGAAUUUACCAUUUACUCAGAAUACUGGAGAAGUUGUUGAAUAUUUAGAUGCUCCAUACUAUUCUCGCGCAGACAAGAUCCUCAACAUGAGCCCCAUCACUGACGAAGAAUUGGAUAUGUAUGAAGAUCUAUAUAAAAGUAAUCUUAUGUAUGACACCUCGGAAUACGACUGGUGCAUGAACUUAGGCGACAAUCACUGCAUGUUCCAAUGGCAUUGGUGUCCUUUACCAAACCCACCAACCCCUGUUAAAAAAAGAAAAAGUAAAUUUUCGGGAGUAUUCGGACCCACCAAAAAAUUUACUUUAUAUAAAGCUUUCACAUCCAUUUGGGACAAGACGGUUAUAGAACAUAUUGUCUGUGAAACUAAUAAGAAUGCUAAUUACAAUGAUACUAAUUGGAUAGACACAACCAUAGACGAACUAUAUGUAUUCUUAGCUAUCUCUUUGGCUACCAGUAUGUAUGACAUGGAAGAUUUAAAGCAAUAUUGGAGGACGGAAAGUGAUUUAGACAAUUCAAUUGUUACAAAAGCGAUGUCAUAUGACAGAUUCGUAGCUUUAAAUUAUUUUAUAGGAUUCAAAAACGCGAAUGAAGAUGCCAAUGACUUUAAUGAAUCUCGAGCUACAGUAUCUAUGAUUGAGACUAUAGUAAUUAAACUGAACAAAAAAUUUCACACUUUGUACCGCAUGGGUCAAGACGUAGUGUUUGAUGAGCCAUCGGAAUUUUCCAAAAGAAAGGACGGUACAUACAAGUUACUAAAAAAGCCGCAGAAUAUAAGCGAGGUCAACAUUUGUGAUGCCAAGUCCGGGUAUGUUUGGUCAAUUUUGAUAUCAACUGCAGUAAAAGAUUCAAAUUUACCUCCUCGGGGCAUAUCUCCAUGCAUUAUCUUGAAGUUCAUGGAGGCCAAUAAAAAUAGAGGCCACACAAUUUGGUGUGACAAUAUAUUCAAUUCAGUUCUCCUUGCUAGAGUGGCAUAUGUUUUAAAAUGCAACUUUGUAGGAACAUUGAAUGAGGAAAUUGGUUCAAAUUUUGACAAAGUGAAGAAGAAAUUGAAACCUGGCGAGGUUUCUGGUAGGUACGAUAAUGAUGUCGAUUUUAUAUUAUGGCAGGAUAAGAAUAUAGUAUCCCUAGUUACAACAUACCAUGGGGCAACUACGAUCGAAGAAAUGGGAAGGAAAGCGCCCGCAGCGUUUGUGGAUUUUAAAAAUAAUGUUGCCUGUUUAGAUAAAAGAGAUGAGAUUUUAGCUGAUUAUAUCCAAGUUGAAGGUAAAGGUUGGGUUCGUAGAAUGUUUGAUAGACUGCUCAAUAUUAGUGUAUACAAUUCGUUAAUUAUUUGUAAGUGCGCUAAGAUCUCUUUUGAUAGUUUUAAAAAAUUCAGACUAAAUUUGAUUGUUGAAUUAAUAUCCAAACAUGGUGUAUAUUUGAAACCUAUUAAAGAAGAGUUUUCGUAUCGUGAUUAGUUCAUUUUACUUUCCUAAAAAUAAAUGGGCACUUAUGAAUAAUGUUGAAGAAGCAAAAAAUAAAAGAUAGGUACAAUGCGUGAACUUAUUAUUCUAAUAAUAUAAGUUUAUCUGUGAUCAUAACAUUUAAGUAUUACAUUUGAUUUAUUAUUUAUCUUAUUUUAACUUUUUUUAUUAAACUUAUAUAAUCUGAUAACAACUUAUCUAGAACUACUACUAAAUAACGUAUCUAGUUGUUUAUGUACCUACACAACAACAAACUUAAUAUGUUUUUUACAUUAUGCUACAACUAAAAGAGAAAAAAAUUCUACUAUUAAUUAAAACAAACCCACCCACCCGCAUUGCGUUAUUUGAGAUUUUCGUUUUACGUUUGUUCUUUUCUACAAAGUAAAGUGAAAAUAUUACAAUUGUAAAGUGAGAAUAUUUGAGAUUCUUUUGUAUUUUUUCUUUUCUAAAUAAACAGUUAAAACUCUUUUUUUUUUA